AUGUUAACCUUUGUUAGGUCUAUCUUGGAAUAUGGUGCUGUUGUUUGGGUUCCUUAUACUGCUUGUAAUAGAAAUCAAAUUGAAAGGGUUCAACGGAAAUUUCUUAAUUAUGCAGCUUUUACUCUCAAUAUUGAUCACAUGCCUCAUGAUUAUAUCCCUGUCAUGGACAGACUUGGUUUGAGUACUUUAGCUGACAGAAGGCAAGCUGCUAGUCUAAAUUUUCUUAGGCAAUUAAUUGAUGGUAAGAUCGACUCUCCUGAACUACUUUCAUUCAUUAACUUUAAAGUUCCGUCCACUAAUAUCAGACACACUUUUCCAUUUCUUAUACCAAAAUUUAUCACCAAUUAUUUAGAAAACCAGCCGAUAGUUAGGAUGAUGCUUUUGGCAAAUAGCGAUCCAUCUUUUCUUAAUUAA